CAUAUAUAGCGGGGGCGCCUGGGAGCCGCGCUGUGAGCGUGUCGAGGUUGCCGUGCGGCCUGUGGGACUCGCCUGCUUCGCCCCUCUUCGCUGCGGUCUGUAGGUUUUUUUUCCCCCUCCUCCAGGAAGAAAAUGGCAUCUGUUGCAGUUGAUCCUCAACCGAGUGUGGUGACUAGGGUGGCCAACCUGCCCUUGGUGAGCUCCACAUAUGACCUGGUGUCCUCGGCUUAUGUCAGUACAAAGGAUCAGUAUCCCUACUUGAAGUCUGUGUGUGAGAUGGCAGAGAAGGGUGUGAAGACCAUGACCUCUGUAGCGGUGACAGGUGCUCUGCCCAUCAUCCAGAAGCUAGAACCACAGAUUGCAGUUGCCAAUACCUAUGCCUGCAAGGGGCUGGACAGGAUUGAGGAGAAAUUGCCUAUUUUGAAUCAGCCAACAGCGCAGGUUGUUGCCAGUGCCAAAGGGGCUGUGACUGGGGCGAGAGAUGCUGUGACAACUACCGUGACUGGGGCCAAGGAUUCUGUAGCCAGCACGAUCACAGGGGUGAUGGACAAGACCAAAGGAGCGGUGACUGGCGGCGUGGAGAAGACCAAGUCUGUGGUCAAUGGCGGCAUCAACACGGUUUUGGGAAGUCGGAUGGCGCAGUUUGUGAGCAGUGGAGUAGAAAAUGCCAUCAGCAAAUCCGAGCUGCUGGUGGACCAGUACCUUCCUCUCACUGAGGAAGAAAUAGAAAAAGAAGCAAAAAAAGUUGAAGGAUUUGAUAUAGUUCAGAAACCCAGUUAUUAUGUGAGACUGGGAUCCCUGUCUACUAAGCUCCGCUCUCGUGCCUACCAGCAGGCGCUCAGCAGGGUUAAAGAAGCUAAGCAAAUGAGCCAAGAGACCAUUUCUCAGCUCCAUUCUACUGUUCACCUGAUUGAAUUAGCCAGAAAGAAUGUGCAUAGUGCCAACCAGAAAAUUCAGGAUGCUCAAGAUAAACUCUAUCUCUCAUGGGUAGACUGGAAGAGGAGCAUCGGCUACGAUGAUACGGAUGAAUCCCACUGUGCUGAGCACAUCGAGUCACGUACUCUUGCUGUUGCCCGAAACCUGACCCAGCAGCUCCAGACCACGUGCCACACCCUCCUGUCCAACGUCCAAGGGUUACCACAGAACAUUCAAGAUCAGGCCAAGCACUUGGGGGUGAUGGCAGGUGACAUCUAUUCAGUGUUCCGCAGUGCUGCCUCCUUUAAAGAAGUGUCUGAUGGCUUCCUCACUUCUAGCAAGGGGCAAUUGCAGAAAAUGAAGGAAUCUUUAGAUGAUGUGAUGGAUUAUCUUGUUAACAACACACCCCUCAACUGGCUGGUAGGUCCCUUUUAUCCUCAGCUGACUGAGUCUCAGAAUGCUCAGGACCAAAGUGCAGAUAUGGACAAGUCCAGCCAGGAGGUCUUGCAUUCUCAGCACAAAAUUAAUUAAACCUUGCUUGUCACCAGUGCAUGUUGUAGCCAUCCAGAUGACAUCAUUUGUCAUGUUGAAAUUAACCUGCUAGAUGACUCUAAACUGGAAAAGCAGCCAACUAGGAAAAAGGCCUUCAGCUGUAAUCAUUUCCAGCUGGUAAGAGCCUUAAGAUUUCUGGCAUUAGCAGAUGAGUUCUGUUUACCUGGCUGGUAAGAAAAGAAUGAUAGACAUGACAGAGCUUCACCAGAACUCAGAAAGUUUAUGUGCACUUAGGGUCUCAUACUAUGGCCAUUGUGUCGCUACUGUUAAUGUCUGUCUGUAUUGCAUGAAAACACCUUCGUGUGGGCUCUGGUAUAAACUGGUGUCUGCUCCAGUGUAGUCUGAGCAGGCCUUAUCAUUGCUUUAACUCUCGUGCUUGUACAACUUGAUUUUUUUUUUUUUUUAAUUAAAGGAAUGCCACCUUUGAAUUCAAUAAAAUUCAUAGCAGAUUAGAUCAGUGUUUUGCUGUUUGUUCCAUGUGCUUUGUGUGUUGCUUUCAUAGAGCUGCUCGAUCUGCAUGACAGUGUUAGUAACAUACAUACAGGAAUUCCAAUUGGCCUGUUUGGGAAUUUGGUAGGGUGAUAGCAUAUUACAAAUGGAAUUUGAUAACAGACUUCAAACAAAUUAAAAGCUAAUGUGAGGCCAAUCACACAGAGGUACCCCUGUAGUCCCAACUGCUAGGGAGGCUGAGGUGGGAUCAUUUGAGACCAGCCUAGGCAACAUAGUGAAACCCCAUUUCCAAGAAAGAAAUGAAGUAAAAAACUGAUAUGCACAUUAGAAUUUUUCUAGGUGAUAGUUGUUCCCUUCAUUUGCCAAUUAACUGGACUCCUGAGAGUAUAUUUUUAAGCUAGUAGAAAGACCUAGUCAUGCUGGGCAUGUUGGUGCACCUGUAAUCCCAAAAGCUCAGGAGGCUGAGGCAGGAGGAUCGUGAAUUCAAAGCCAGUUGCUCAGCAACUCAGCAAGACCCUGUCUCUAAAUAAAAUAUAAAAGGUCUGGGGACAUGGUUCAGAGGUUAAGCAACCUUGGGUUCAGUUCCUUGUAUCAAAAAACAAAUCAUUCAUGACUGCCUUGCUGAAAAGGAAUCAAAACUGAAAAAAUACGAGUGACUGUAUUUGCAAAAGUUUUACAAAAACAGGUUUUUCUUGCUGAGGGUCCAAAGUGUGAGCCAUAAAGUGUGGUAGUUUAAGUGUCCAAUCUCAGAUUUAAUUUACUGUGUUCUAACUUUGAGAGAAUGUCACUAACUGCAGUUGUUGGUGAGUUGCCUGUAGAAAAUCAUGUGACAGGGGGCUGGGGAGAUAGCUCAGUCAGUAGAGUGCUUGCCUUGUAAGCUCAAGGUCCUGGGUUCGAUCCCCAGCACCCCCCCCCCCCCC